UUUCUCUCCGGGUCGAAGAGGUUGAGGUUAUGAUGGCCGGCACUUUGACGAAAUUCUGUAAGAGCUUGGGGGCGAAAAGCCGGUCGGGGGCGGCGGUGUUCCACAGCACGAGGAACUAUGGCGCCCAACGCGUCGUGGCCAAGAACCCCGUCGUCGAGAUGGACGGCGACGAAAUGACCCGCAUCAUCUGGGAAAAAAUCAAAGAGCGCCUCAUCUUCCCCUACGUAAAAAUCGAAGCCCUCUACUUCGACCUGGGGCUGCCCUACCGAGACCAGACCAACGACCAAGUGACCAUCGACGCCGCCCACGCCAUCCUCAAACACAACGUAGGGAUCAAAUGCGCAACGAUCACCCCCGACGAGCAACGAGUAGAGGAGUUCAAACUGAAGAAAAUGUGGCUGUCGCCCAACGGCACCAUCCGAAACAUCCUCGGCGGCACCGUCUUCCGCGAGCCCAUCCUCUGCAAGAAUAUUCCUAAACUAGUACCUGGAUGGGUCAACCCCAUCAUCAUCGGGCGUCACGCCCACGGGGACCAGUACAAAGCGACCGAUUUCGUCGUAACCAAGCCCGGGAAAGUCGAGAUGGUGUACACCCCCAACGAGGGGAAGGAGGUGAGGUACGAGUUGUUCAAUUACAAGACGGGGGGCGUGGCUAUGGGGAUGUACAACACGGAUGAGAGCAUCAAGGCCUUCGCGCAUUCGUCAUUCCAAGUAGCUUUAAAUAAGGGCUGGCCGUUGUAUCUGUCGACCAAGAACACCAUUUUGAAGAGGUACGACGGGCGGUUUAAGGAUAUCUUCCAGGAGAUUUAUGAGAAGGAGUACAAGGGGCAGUUCGAGGCCAAGAAGAUCUGGUACGAGCACCGGCUGAUUGACGAUAUGGUGGCGCAGGCGUUGAAGUCCGUCGGGAAGUUCGUGUGGGCGUGCAAGAACUACGACGGGGACGUCCAGUCGGAUAUAGUGGCACAAGGGUACGGCUCGCUGGGGAUGAUGACCUCGGUGCUGAUGUGUCCGGACGGGAAGACGAUCGAGUCGGAGGCGGCUCAUGGUACAGUUACCAGACAUUACAGAGAGCACCAGAAAGGUAACCCCACUUCUACCAACCCCAUCGCGUCUAUAUUUGCCUGGACUCGGGGUUUGGAGCACCGGGCGAAGUUGGAUGGUACUCCCGAUCUGGCCAAGUUUGCCCAGACUCUGGAGAAGGCCUGCGUCGACUGUGUCGAGUCCGGGAAAAUGACCAAGGAUUUGGCAGCUUCUAUACAUGGCUUGCCUAAUGUUAAGCCAGACAUGUAUUUAAAUACUCAGGACUUUUUAGAAGCAAUUGCUGAGCAACUAGAGAAGACUUUUAAGUAAUUUUAUACUUCCGACCGUUCUUAAUAAAUUGAUAUUUAUUAACUUUGUGGAUUUCUGUAAAUAAUUUUGAAGUACACACUUUUUAAAGAAACUGUA